AUGGCCCAACAAAUCGAAGGGGAGCCAUUGGUCUCCUCCCUCUGGACAAGAUCCCUAAUCUCCGGCGCAAUCGCAGGUCUAACCGUCGACUGCUCCCUGUAUCCUCUGGACACAAUCAAAACCCGCCUCCAAAAAGCACGCGACCCCCUCGCUCCAGCAGCAGCCCGCCUCACCUUCCGCCAAACCGUCCGCGGCAUCUACGCAGGCCUCCCCUCCGUCCUCUUCGGCUCCGCCCCCUCAGCAGCCUCCUUCUUUAUCGUCUACGAUGGCGUCAAGCGCACUCUUCUCCCACCCCCCGGCUUAACAGAGCCCCAAUCCCGAUCCCACAUCAUCCUCACACAUUCCCUCGCUUCCUCCUUAGGCGAGAUCGCCGCUUGCGCCGUCCGCGUGCCUACAGAGGUAAUCAAGCAGCGUGCCCAAGCCGGCCUCUUCGGCGGAUCAAGUCUUGCCGCUCUAAAGGAUAUCCUCUCCCUCCGCCAUGCCGCCCCCGCGCCAGCCCCCGGCACCGACUCUACCACCGGUACCAGCAAUGCGCCAGCAGCAACCGCAAAACGCGGUUACAGCCAAGUCUUUCGUGAACUCUACCGCGGCGCAGGAAUAACCAUCGCACGCGAAAUCCCCUUCACAGUCCUGCAAUUCACAAUGUGGGAAUCAAUGAAAGAAGCCUACGCAAAGCGCUACCUGCGCCCAGCCAGCUCAGCAUCUUCCAUUUCCGAGACGCAAAUCCCAGCUUCGACGAGUGCCAUGUUCGGUAGUGUGGCUGGAGCGAUCGCGGCUGCGUUGACGACUCCAUUGGAUGUGAUUAAGACGCGGGUUAUGCUUGCGCGACGGGCAGAUGGUGCCGGUGCGCCGGUGCGGGUUAAGGAGAUUGUUCGUGGGAUUGCACGUGAGGGACCUGGUGCUUUCUGGAGAGGGAUUACACCUCGUGUUACUUGGAUUGGUAUUGGGGGUGCUAUUUUCUUGGGCAGUUAUCAGUAUGCUUGGAAUACCCUUGAGGGGAGGAGAGAGGGUAAGAGGGAGGAGGGGAUUUGA